CUGUCUGCAGGCUUUGCUCUGCAGUGUUUCAGAGCGACAACAACAGGAAACAUGAGGCUGCUGUCUGGAGGGCUGGCCUCACCGUAAUGACUGGAGUCAGGUAACCAGCGGACACACCGACUCUUUCCCCCCUCACAGACGGGCUCAGACACGAAGGAGAAGCGGAGCCAUGAUGGAUGAGACGGAGAAGUACAAACAGCGGCUGGAAGCAAUUGCUGAGAAGCGUCGGUUGCAGGAAGAGGAGGACAAAGCCAGGAGAGAGAUGGAGGAUGAGAAGCUCAGACUUCAGCAGCUCAAGAGAAAGUCUCUGAGAGACCAGUGGCUGAUGGAAGGAGCACCUUUGUCCCCGACGUCCCCGGACGCCCAGAGAUCUCGCUCCCCUCUGUGGGGCUCCCAGGCUCAGGAGAUGGAAAAGCGCAUAGACAAGUUGGAGUCAGAGAGUCAGUGGUUGCCAGAGGAGGAGGAGAAGCUGAAGGAGCAGAUGGAGGAUGGCCAAACUCAGGCAGUGAAGGUGGCAGAAGCCGGGCCAGAAAUAAUCCAGGAUGCUGUUUUGAGGAACGGUGACAACAAUGCAAUAGGAUUGGAAACAGCAGAAAAAAACGACCAAAGCUCACUGCUGGAUAAAACUUCAGCUGUCUUAACCAAUGGAAGAGGAGAUUUAGAAGCAGCCAACAAUGACAGCGUUUCAGAUGACGGUUAUCAGCCCACCACCAACGGACAUGUUGUAGUCUCCGAGGAUGUAACGAACAUGGAGAUGAACUUAAGCCUGGGCGAGGCUGCAAAUGACAACCUUAAAGACGAGGAGGAAGAGGAGAGCACUCUGGUGAUGAGAGCAGAACGUGUGAUCAUAACAGAUGAAGGGGAUGAUGUUCCUGAGGAUCUUGCGCCCCAGGAAGAUCCACAGAACACCGCCGGGUCAGAGGAAGCCCCUCUGAAGGUGGAACCAGAAGCAGUUGAGGAGGGAGGAGAAGCUGUAGAAGAGGAUGAAGAGGAGGUAAUAAGAGCAGCUCAAGAAACUUCAGCGCAACCAGAGCAAACCGAGGCUCCUGCAGAGACGCAACCGCACGCUGAAGAUGGAGCCACACAGGAGGAUGUGGGUACAAAUGAAGUAGAUUUGAAAGGUGAGGGACAAGGCAAUCCAUCAGAAGAUCCAACCUCUGUGCAGCUGCAGUGCCCAGCCGACACCCUAGAGGGCACCACAGUGGCUCCAGUCCCAGUCUACUCCGAGGUGCAGGUGUCCGCUCUCACCCAGCAGCUGGAGGCAGAGGGUGAAACUGAAGAGUUAACAGAAGGAGCCGAGGCCGCGCUGCGUGACCAGGACCCUGCCUCUCUACCUGACCAGUUCCAGGAGGUUCCCCUGGCCGAUCCCCAGGUGAGCCAGAGGACAGAGGCAGGACCGGUGGAGCAGGAUCCCCUCCUGUCUCAGUCCAAAUCCCCCGACACUCGGGCAGAGUUUGCGGCCGCCAACAGCCCGGACAGCUCAUACACACAAGUACCGAGCAGGGCCGCACAGGGGGAGGAGACCCAGUCACCCAAACGCAAAAGCUGCGAGUGCUGCUCGGUCAUGUAAACACCCCUUCUGUGCCUUCAUUAACUCUCCUCCUCUUCCCGGCCUGCAUCCUUCAGUCUGUCUCCCUGCUGUUACAUUCAGAAAACACUCAUCCCCUCUUUUUGUUUUACACCCCCAUUUAUUUUUAUUUUUUUUAAUUAGUAUGUCCAAAAGCUACUUUCCUUUCUGUCUUACUUAUCUUGAAAUUUCCCUUAUCCCACUCUUGAGUUUUGAUAUGCACCGGACUUGUUAAGUGCCUUGAGGAUCUCUUUACCGAGGACAACUCUUAUUCCAACAACAAAGACCAAAAUAGCAGGUGUUGAUUUUAACACUAUUUAAGUUAGACUUGGUUUAGUCACACCCAUUUUCAGGUUCAUAUACUGGAAGAUAAUAAACACAACAA